AUGUUGGCUCGUUGUUCUGCAAAAAGAUUAACACCUUAUAGGUUCUUGCUCCUUAAAACUUCGACAAAAUUGCAUAGCAUUAGAUUUGCCACCUCCCUGAGGAAAACGCCGACAUCUUUGGAUGAUAUUUAUAGCAAGUUAAGGGAACCGGUAUCGACAGAUAAAUAUGUUGGUGAUUCAUUUCGGCUUUCAUCUUCCGUGGAUAAUGUUUUGACGCCAGUUAACAUUACUGCAGUCCAGAGAUGGAGUUUAUUUACAGCAUGCUUAAAAUCCAGAGAUUACGAAAGAGCCGAUCUGAUUCUUCAAAACCUUUCCACACAAAGUAGUGUGAAUAAUCCAUACUAUCAAGAUGGCAUUUGUGAGUUUUUGGCUUGUUGGGGACAAGAGGAAAAUAUCACAAUAGGUGCUGUCAGAAGUUGGCUCAAUCGUAUGUCUUCUGUUAACGAGUCUUUUCAGAAAGACCCCAGAGUUUACGCAUGGAUGAUUAGAAUUUUGUUUCAGAAGGGAGAAGAUGCCGAGACAGCUAUGAAGGAACUUGCAUACUAUAAAUUAGCUGCAUAUGGGAACAAGAAUUCGGACGUUUUGAGGUAUAUUAACAUUGUGGGCGUUUUUAAUGUUAAAAAAUUGGUCACGUAUGACCCAAACUUAAGAGAAUCCAUUCCUGAUGACUACAAGGAUCUUUUCAAUAUACUAUUGUCACAUCCAAAUUAUCCUACGCAAAGCAAAGUGCUGGAGACAUCAAACAGUGAUACUACCAGCAAGGAAAUUUCUCAGAAUGAGGGGAUUACACCAAAAACCGAAGGAGGAUUCGAGUAUAAACUUUCCACAGAAAAAACAAAUAAAAUAGAAAAUAAAGACAAGAAGGAUAACCUACAAGAGCAUAUGGUCAACAAAAAAGCUCUAUUUGAAGCAAACAAAUUAGUAGAAGGGGAGCGAGACGAUAAUGAUCUAGAUGUCGCAACUAUUAUUAAGGAAGCACAACAAAAUGUUAUUAACAUUGACAAAGAAAACAAGGCAAUUGAUAAUGGCAUUGUAGAAUUAAAAUCUGUCUCAACCUGGAACUUGAAAGCUAUAAGACAUUCUUUGUUAGGAUUGGUUGACACGUAUCACCAAGGAAAAUUUAUUAGACAGUUUAUCGAAGCUGUUGAAGAGGCUAAUUUGGAUGUUGACACGGAUGCGGUCAUGAAAUGUGCCAAUGCUGGAAAACAGGUUAACUUCUUUGAUAUUAAGGAAUCCCUACCUUUUGAACAACGCGAAAAAUUCGAUAAAGUUUUAGAUGAGAUUUCGGAGGAGAGACAAAUUUUGCUCGAAGGUACCACAAUAGAGGCUGCUAAAGCUAAAUGGGAUCAUGAGUUUGAAAAUCUUAAGGAUAAAUCCAUGCCAUCUUCAGUCGGCUCAUAUCUUCAUAAUUGGAUGGAACAGCUAACACCAUUAAUUGAGAAGGAUGUUGAUGAAUAUGAAAAGGCCAAAAUAUAUUUUGCUGCAUUGAAAGCAAAAAAGAAUGUUGACAGAUUGUCUAACUAUGAUGAAGAAAGGUACAGGGAGAAAAUGAAAUAUGGUCCAUUUAUCAGCUUGAUGAAACCCGAGAAGGUUGCCAUCAUAACGAUUUUAGAAGUCAUGAAGAACUGUGUGACAUCAGAUAUUGCAAGAGGUGUUCCUGUUUCUAAGGUUGUGAUGUCCGUCUCAAAGUCUCUUGAGCUGGAGUACAAAUCUGAGAAGGUUUUGGCAUCUGAUGUGGAUGUUUACAAAAAUUUUAGGGCGAUUAGAAAAACCCCAGAAUUCAAAAGAUUCCUUAGAAGCAAGCAGGCCGAGAAGAUUAUAAGGGCAGCCGAGAGGAAGUCCUUGAGAAAUAAUAGCAUCGAGACUGAAACCUCUCAAUUACUAUGGGAUGCGGACUCUCAUUGCCGAGUUGGAUCUGCAUUAAUCUCCAUGCUAUUACAGAUUGCUAAAGUGGAUGUAGAGGGUGUGGAUCCCAAGACUAGCGAGGUGAAAAAGGCUUUGGCACCGGCAUUUUAUCACACAUAUGAUUUUCAAAAUGGUGGUAAGGUGGGUGUGAUUAAGGUGAACCAAAGAUUUUCCUCUAAACUUGGAAAGGACAGACUUGAUCAAUCCAUUCAAGCUCAAUACUUGCCUAUGAUUGCGAGACCUAGACCUUGGACAACAUAUAAUGACGGUGGUUAUUAUUUGAAACGUUGUCUAGUGCUUCGUUCAAAAAAUGCACCCGAGCAGUUUGCAUAUGCGAAGGCUGCCGCUAUGAGUGGUAAGAUGGACAAAGUUCUUAGUGGUCUGAAUGCUCUGGGGAACACAUCAUGGACAGUCAAUAAAAGAAUUCUUGAGUUGAUGACACAGGUCUGGAAUACUGGCAAGGCAUUUCUUGAGAUUCCAAAAGCGGAAGAAAAACUUAUUUUACCCAAACCUCCGGCGAAAGGUGCAGAACCAAUAGAGAUAUUCAGAUACAGAAGGGACUGCCGAGAUAAGUGUAAUGCAUUUGCCAAGGAUAGGUCUAUGAGAUGCGAUAUGAACUAUAAAUUGGAGAUUGCCAGGGCAUUUCUGGGGGAGAGAAUAUUCUUUCCACAUUCUCUUGAUUUCAGAGGUAGGGCUUAUCCUAUUCCUCCAAACUUCAAUCACCUAGGAAAUGACUUGACUAGAGGAUUAUUGCGUUUUUGGGUAGGGAAGAAGCUUGGAGCAGAUGGAUUAAGAUGGCUCAAGAUACAUUGCUGUAAUUUAAUGGGUAAUGAUAAGAUAUCCUUAGAUGACAGAGUUAAAUACACCGAAGAACAUAUGAAUGAAAUUAUAGACUCGGUGGAGCAUCCAUUUGAUGGAAAGAAGUUUUGGGUGGAAGCUGAUCACCCAUGGCAAUUUCUGGCUACCGCAAUGGAACUUAAAGAUGCCAUGGAAUUACCGGAUCCUACACAAUUUGUUUCACAUCAACCAGUUCAUCAGGAUGGAACAUGUAAUGGCUUACAACACUAUGCGGCUCUUGGUGGUGAUAUAGAAGGAGCAGAGCAUGUGAACUUGGUGCCAAACGAUAAACCUUCGGAUAUUUAUACACGUGUGUCAAAGAUAGUUCAGCAGAUGGUUGAUGAAGAUGCCGAAAAAGGUGUCCCGGAUGCCAGAAGAACUCAGAAUAUCAUUACAAGGAAGUUGGUUAAGCAGACCGUGAUGACCAGUGUGUACGGUGUUACAUAUGUCGGGGCAAGAGCACAGAUUGUCAAGAGACUGAAGGAAAUCGAUUUCGAUGAAGAUCAUCUCUCCGAUUGCUCUGCAUAUUUAACGGAUAAAGUCUUAAAAGCGAUUCGAAAACUCUUUGAUGGCGCUCAUGCUAUUCAGGACUGGCUCGCUCUUGCUGCUAAGAGAAUCAGUAAGAGUAUACGUCUCGAUAUUGAUGUAAACGAUGACACGGAAUAUAUUUCUUCCGUGAUAUGGACGUCACCUCUGGGCCUCCCAGUUGUCCAACCUUAUAGGAAGUUCAAAUCGAGGCAGAUACAUACAAACCUUCAGACAAUGGUCAUCAAUGAUCCAUAUGAAAUCAAAAAAGUUGAUGCAAGGAAGCAGGCUCAGGGAUUUCCUCCAAAUUUUGUUCAUUCAUUAGAUGCUACGCACAUGCUUAUGUCUGUGAACCGCUGUCGUGAGCAUGGAUUAUCUUUUUCAUCCGUUCAUGAUUCUUACUGGACUCACGCAGCAAAUAUAACUCUGAUGAAUAAAAUUUUGAGGGAGGAAUUUGUGAAGCUUCACAAAAACGAUUUGGUUUCGAAACUGAGGAGCGAAUUUAUGAAGAGGUACGGUGAUAAUGUUUUAAUAAUUGAGGUGCCUAAGAAUAGCAAAGUUGCUAAUGCUGUGAAAGCAUACAGAGCGGCGAUGUCGAAAAAGCUUGGAAGAACAAUAUCAUUAAAAGAUGAAAUUAAUAUUGAAAGGGAAAGAAGAAAUUUACUUCACUCAAAAGACCCCAGCCAGGUGAAAUUGGGUCAAGAGCUAAAGAGCCCUCUUGAAAUAUUCAGAGAAACAGAAUAUAACAUGGAUCGAGAUGAAAAAGGCACAUUUCGUAUUUUGGCACCAUUUGAUCUACCACCAGUUCCCCCAAGGGGAUCAUUUGAUGUUUCAAUAGUCAAGCAGAGCCAAUACUUCUUUUCAUGA